AUGGCGUUUCCAUCGACACCGGCCGGCCAAACGGAUGACCAGGAUGGUUCACCCGAAGGCCACCCGCAUGUGCAGAACAUCAAACCAUCGAUGAACCACCCACUCCUAGGACCGGAUGCUCCUCCGCCUCCUUCGCCGAAACGGUGCCCGGAAGAGAGGUCAUUCGACGGUCGUUGCCCAAACUGUGUUCGCCUCGAUUUGCCAUGCUCCUUUCGACCGGUCUCGGCCGCCUCGGCCGUCGGUCGUAACGGGGGGCUCCCCGUCGGGCACGCUGCGCAAAAGUAUCCCACCGAUGGAGAAGAAACCUCGGGGAUAUCGAGGGCUCGUGUAAACCAUCUCGGUCCAGAAAGGAAUGGUCAAGCGCAGUCCACCUCCCCACCGGUGGCUAUCCCAGGAGGCUAUCCUCCACGGACAGACCUCGUGUGGGCAGGAGCAUCUUAUUGCAAAGAAGUUGGAUGCAUUUCAAUAGGGGAAUUACUGUGUACGAGCAUCGCCGCUUCGCAAGACGAUGACCACGACCGGAAAAUUGGGUUGAUUGUCGGCGCAAUACAAGUCCAUGCCCCUCGCAUCCUGGUCGGGUUCGAAUUACCAGUUGCCGACUCCCAAGAAACCCAUACAGCUGAGGAACAAAACAAAGUCUCGUCCGUGCACCUACCACAAACACGAGACCACACCAAAUUUUGUCUCUACUUCGAGAGCGACGGACUCACCCAUGAAGUUGCGCAGAGAGAGGCUCAAGGCAAGGACCAUCCGCCGUUGGGGCUUGCACUACCUCGGGAUUCCAUGAACCGGAUGUUGUUUGCUGCUUUGAAGCGCCCAAGGAUCUCUCCAUUGAUUGGCAUGCUCAUCGAUGCUGGUGCCGAUCCAAAUGUCCUCGACUCUGAAGGAAAAUCCCCCCUGUAUUUGGCUACGUCCAAGGGCGGCGGCCGGGUGAUGGGUGAAUUAGUCGGCAAAGGCGCGUCUGCCGAUGACGGAAGCCUGCACCUUGCGACUUGCAAUCAGGACCAUAUGGCGAUGGAAAUACUUCUCAAGGCCGGCCAUCGCAUUGAUUAUCGGUCGCCUGUAGACCAAGACGCCACUGUUCUGGAAGCUUUCCUACGGUUUGACCACCAAGAAAGAAAGGUCAAAGACUUCAUUCCUACCUUGAAACUUCUCCUCAAGGACGUCGAUCUAGGCACCGCAAUUUGGCAGGCUCGACCCAAUUUGGCAGGAAUCGCUCUGGAAAGUAGGCGGCCUUUUGAACUUGUGUCUGCCCUUCUCGAACUUCGACCGAAAUCUGGAGUGAAGACUACCCUGCUUCGCCGUGGCCGUUUCCGGUACUCCUUACUUAGUGCUGUGGAGCAAUGGGACGCCGAUGUUAAACUCGGCGACGGUGAACGCCGACAACUUAAGGCUCGACUCGUCGAACUAGGCUGUCGGAAGAUAUUCUACGCAAGAGAAGGCGAGCAACCAAGCGAUGCUAUCGGCUUACCAGCUCGCCUGCUUGACCCCGCGAGUAGGGACCGCCGUCGGGCCUGGAAGGACAAGGACUGCUCCGUGUGCGGUGACAAACCAACCACUCCAGGUGAUGUGCAUGCUCACCUCUCCGCUUCUUGUGUGGCAAAGCACCGUUGGAAGGACGCGAUCAUUUGCACCGAUUGCCUCAGGCAAUGCCUCGAAUCCAAAAUGUUCCCCAGAGGUGAUGAAAAAUUUCCAUCGCCGCAAGUCACCUGUUGGGCACCCAACUGUGGAGAGACUUUGAGCCAUUCAACCGUACAAAAAUAUGCAGAGGCCGAAAGAUUCGCCACUUACGACGACGCCCUGUGCCAGCGACAACUGCGCGCCGGACAGAACAUCGCCGAAUGCGCAGCGGAAGGUUGUCGAGGCGCGGUAUGGCUUGACCCGGCGGCCGACAAGAACAUAACGGUCUUCUCCUGCCCCGUAUGCAGACAUCGAACUUGUACACAAUGCAAUCAACCAUACCGGAAGCACGCGAAAAAAUCCUGUCCGGCAAGUGAAGCAGCCCAAGCAGAUACGCAACGGAGAGAAGAGGAGAAGCUCACCGAGGCUUUUAUGACGAAGGAGAGGAGGUGUCCGAAGUGCAACAUACCGUAUCACAGGACAGAGGGAUGUGACCACAUCACUUGUGGAAAGGACACCCACUCGACUGCAAAAACGU